CCUCCAACCCCCACCCCUAGACUAGAUCCUCAAACGCUACAAGUAACACGGACACGCGCGCGCACGGGCCGAGGAACCGUAAAAGCUACGACUUGUUCUUCGUCCACCUUCGUCUCCCUCCCUUCCCCGCAGGCCGGUCACCUCAAGUAACCCCAUCCCCUCCUUGCUGCCUCACCCCGUUGGAUCAUCAGAGCUGCUGCCCGGCGCCCGAGGUAAACAAAUCGAUUAGCGCUUCCACCGCAGCGGCGCGGCGACGAUGUGGUGGCUGCCGCCUUGCUUCCACGGCGGCAACGCGGCCAAGGGGGAAGGCCGAGACCACUUCGACCCCAACCCCGUGUCGCCGGCCGCGGCCUCGGCGCGGUCCAUGAGCACGGCCACGUCGUCCACCAUCACCGCCCCGUCCGGCUCGGACCUCACCGGCUCCAUCAACGCCUCCGACAUGAGCGCCGACUCCAUCCAGCGCCCGCAGCAGUACCCGAGCUUCGCCGACCGGCCCGCCAACCUCCGGGUCUUCACCUACGCCGAGCUGCGGGCCGCCACCCGCAACCUCAGCCGCUCGCUCAUGCUCGGCGAGGGGGGCUUCGGCUGCGUCUACCGGGGCGCCAUCAAGGUCAACGCCGGCGCCGGAGACGAGACGCCUCCCCCGAUGGAGGUCGCCGUCAAGCACCUCAACCGGAACGGGCUUCAGGGGCACAAGGAGUGGCUGACGGAGGUGAACGUCCUGGGCAUCGUGGACCACCCCAAUCUGGUGAAGCUGGUGGGCUACUGCGCCGACGACGACGAGCGAGGGGCGCAGAGGCUUCUGGUGUACGAGUACAUGCCGAACCGGAGCGUGGACGAUCACCUGUCGGGCAGAGCGAUCGGGACGACUCUGUCGUGGCCUAUGCGGCUCCGGGUGGCUCUCGACGCCGCCAAGGGGCUCAAGUACCUGCACGAAGACAUGGAUUUCCAGAUAAUUUUCCGGGACCUGAAGACGUCAAAUAUAUUGCUGGAUGAGGACUGGAACGCCAAACUGUCAGACUUCGGCAUGGCUAGGGAAGGCCCGACGGAGGGCCUCACACACGUCUCCACAGCGGUGGUUGGCACCCUGGGGUACGCGGCACCGGAGUACAUCCAGACGGGGCGGCUGAACGCCAAGAGCGACAUCUGGAGCUACGGGGUGCUCCUCUACGAGCUCAUCACGGGUCGCCGGCCCAUCGACGGGGAGCGGCCGCGGGGCGAGCAGAAGCUCCUGGACUGGGUGAAGCCCUACAUCUCCGACACCAACAGGCUGCGGCUGAUCGUGGACCCGAAGCUGGAGGGGCGCUACAGCAUCAAGUCGGUGGCCAAGCUGGUCACCGUGGCCAACCGCUGCCUCGCCAGGCUGCCCAAGGCGCGCCCCAGGAUGGGGGAGGUGCUGGACAUGGUGCAGAAGGCCGUCGACGUCGACGGCGCCGCCGCCGGCGCUGGCGCUCCUCCGCUGCACCACUACAGCAGCGGCGGCAGCAGGGGGGAGGGCGGCAGCUCCAAGCUGAGGCAGGAGGGCAAGAAAGGGUUUCAUGGUCAGUGGCGAGCUGGAAGAGGAAAAGGGCCUCUCAUGUGCUGAUACUGAGGCUAGUUUAAUUCAUGUGAUUGAUUAGAUUUUCGGGGAUCCUAGUUAAUCCUAGUACGGCAGUAUGUCUGUUGGUGGUGUUGUUCUGAGUGAUCAAUUCCAGCCGGAAGAGUCAUAGUAUGCAGUGUCAAUUGUGUGGAUAUGAUAUGGCUAUACUAGAACAUGAAGGCGUGCGUUGCCACACCCGUCCAUUUUUAUGAAAGAACUGUCGAAAGGGAAA